GGAACUGAACACUAGCUGAGCUCAGGGCAUCCGAUCGCCCCGCACGGAUUGACGUUUCUCCUCGGUUUUCAAAAGUAAAAGCCCAGAGACGGUGGCUAUUUUGGGUUUCCUUCACUGGCCGAGCAGAUCUGAACCGAGAGGAAGUUGGAUGAUGGACCCGGAAGGUCCGUUCGCCCGGGCGGAGAGGACUCUGUGGACAGUCUGGUGCUUUAUAAGUGAAGCUGUGAACAGACUCCUGCGGCCGCAGCCUGCUCCCGGUGUCGGCACUGAGCAAAACCCCUGCCUGGAACCAGCGGGCGAAGGCGAGCCUCCAGAGUGUGAAGAUGCAGAGGACGCUUUGGCGGCGGUCGCUCUGCUCAACCUGCCCCACACAGCCGACUCUCAGCCCGACGGAGACACCGUGCAGCAGAAAACCCCACCGAGCCAGCGUGGCGAGGAGGCUGGACGUGACGAUGCAGAGCCGCUCAGCGCUGAAGACGCAGGCGAACCUGAAAAAGAGGAAACGCGGCCGAGACCACCGCUCUCUUAUCAGGAGACAUCUGAGAAUGACAAACAUGAGCAACAUGUGGAUAUCGGGUCAAAACCUCAGACAGAUGGUGUGAUUAGUGAAAAGAUAAAGAAAAGCGAAGAGGAAACGGUCUGCUCUGUGUGUGAUGUGACAACUGACGAUCAGCAAGAAACCAAGACAAUAGUUCAGUUAAAGGACGAAGACGAUGAUGAAACACCUGAACGUGAACUUGAAGCAGCGGACAGUGGGGGAGAUCAGCGCACAAUCACAGAUUUGGAGCCAGAAAAAAAUGACAGUGUUUUCACAGACGACACAGAACAGAAGUGUGAGGGUGAAGAUGAAGUGUCGACGCAGGAAGAGGCAGGAAGCAGGAUCAAUGUGGUGGAAGUAGAUCAGAAAAUGGAGGCAGAUGAGGAAACGGCACGAGUUGAUAACGGAGACUUUACAGAUGUGGCAGAUGUAGAGAAACACGAGGAUGUAAUCGGUACAAGGAGUGAAAAUACAUUGGAGGAGGUGGAUAGGUGGUCGCUGGAUAAAAGGGAACAAAGAGAUCUUCCCGAGGAAGACGAUGUCAAUGAUGGUGCGAACAACUGGGGAUACACGCAGACUCUCAGAGGAGAUGAAGAGGAAACGGUUUCAUCUGAACAUGUCGCGUGCAGCGAUUCUCCUGUGGAGGGCGAACAUCUGUAUCCAGCUGAAUUCACCGAAAAGGAACCAGAGGAUCUGGCAUCCUCCCAAGAACAAACCGACACAAGACGGGCAGACAUGAAGCUCGGUGAUGUUGCAGCUGAUUUAAGAUGUAUUCCUGAAAGUCAAGCGGAAGAGAGGUUUUCCGUGAACGAAGACGGCAAAGACAGUUUUGUCGAAAUAGCAGAAACAAGCAGCACUGCAGCAGUAAAGCCUGAAGGUGAGACCGGGCGGGAAACAAGCGGGGAGUUGAGCAGUAUUCCCCCGGGCACAGUCGAAGGCCGGGUUGUUGUGUUGGAGGAGCCCAAUGCUCCAGCAUGCGAGGAAACACAAGAGGGACUUCCUGAAAACAACAAUGAGCUCGGCCGAGAUGAAAAUACAACGCCAAGGUUCCUGGAAGUCGAUUACAAAGAAUUCCAGGCUGUUCAAUUACCAGAAGAGGCGGAGAGCCACGGACAGGAGAGUCCUCAAGACACAGAAGCCGCCUGUUUACAGAUGAGUGAGUCUGUGGAGGAGAGACAAGAACGCGCAGAAGAUACCAAGACUGUUGUCGGCUUGGCUGAAGUCGAACAGAUUGGAAUACUGCCUCUUCUCGCCAAAGAGACAGAGAGGCAGUUUUCUGAAGAAGCAAUUCAGGAUUUUGAUCGUCCUCUCAAGUCAGAAAUAUCGGAAAGCCCAAUGAAGACAGAGGCCAGGAACUUAAGAAUGAUCGACGGGACUGAAAUGAAUUUGCUUGGAUUUGGAGCAGAUGAAACGCUGUCCGGUUCCAGAGACGUUCAAAGUGUUCAUGAGGUCAAACAAGACGCUCCAGCGGAGGAAGUGACUGAAUUUACUGCAGCUUUCAAAGGUGAAGAAAUGACACAGACGGGUUUGUCUCAAGAAUUCUUCCACACAGCACCAUACAGCAGCAGUCAGGCUCACUCAGCUGGGAGUCUGGACGAAGAACGGAAUGAUCCUGCAGUGAAUGAGCUGGAUACCGAUGACAAUGUGGAAGACAUGGAUGAGGGAGUUCAACAGUUGGCACCAGUGGCCGGUGAGUUAAUCACACCGAGUGAAGGAGAGGAGAAUGCUGCUGUAAAACAAUCUGUAUUGUCUACUCCAGAUGAGACAGGAGAGAUAAAACAAUUUCCACUCACAGCAUUUGAGAUAGGGACAGAGGAGAUAAGCAACAAUGAAACGACUGAUGACUUGACAGUAAUGCAGUCCGAAGCAGGAGGUUUGUCCGACGUGUCAGCAGGGGAAUCAACAGAACAUGUGACUGAGUCACUGAGGUGGUUCACAGAAGGUUCAGCUAGCUCUAUCACUGCACAUCAAGAUCUGAUCGACGAGGAAAUCCUUGACUUGUGGAUGGAAACGGCCAUGUCCUUCUCUAACCAGCCAAACUCUCAGGAUACAUCAGUGGAAGUUAUGACGCCGGGCACACACCUUUUAAAUGAAGCGUCAGAAACCGGAACAGGAUCUCACCCUGGAUCAGGAAUCAUCUCCACGGUGACGCAUCAAGAAUCAGAAGAAGAAGAAAUGCAAAAGGAAAGUUUGGAAUCAGCUGAAGCGGGAAAACAGACGGAAGAAGCAGACGUUAUGAUGAGCGUUUUGUCGCCAGAUGAGCUGCUUGAGGCGACGGCGCAUGACUCCUCAGAAGAGGUCACACGAAGUUCCUCGGAGGCCUCCUCAGAGGAGGGAUCCGUGUGGAUAAAACACAGUUCAGAAGGCGAUGUGUCACCUAAAUAUGAAUUGGAGGAAAUGAAUACUUUAUCAAUGGAAGAACAGCCGUCGGGACAUACUGCUGAAAGUUCAAACACACCUGAGGGAGACCGUGAACCCGUGGCAAUGCUUGAAGACCAGACUGAGCUGUUUCUGUCCAUACAGGUGGACGCUCCGGUGCUGGACUUCACUCCACAAAGGUCACGGAUUUCCCUUAAAAACCCUCGCGUGAGGCCACCCAACAAUCCCCGCUACCUGCUGAAUAUGCCCUCGCUGGAGCCCACCUCCACUUCGCCUGUGCCAGUUAAACUCCCUGCUGGAGUGCCUUUAGGAGCAUUAGGAACUGCAAUAAAGCUGCCUGGGCUUGCAGCAGGCUUCCCACUGUUAAAAAAGACGCCGCGGAAGGUGAAGGAUGAAGAUAGCCAGGAACCCCUCUCACAGCAGGAAGCCGAGACGAUGCCUGAGGAGAAAAGUGAUGCUUCCAAAGAGGAAGAAGCACCACACAAACCGAAAUGGAUGCCACCAAAACAUCCAGGAUUUGGAAAUCCACUGAUGUCUGAGCUGAAGACCAAACUGAAGAAAACUUCAAACGAGUGACAAGAGUCAUUAUUGUUCUUUGUGUGAAUAAUUGAAUGUAAAAUAACAAUGUCUUUACUCUCCUUUUUCAAACUGCACACAAUGAUUAAAUUCCUACCGAGUGAAAGUUGGGUUUAAAAAAAAAGAAUAAAUUAAUAAAUAAAGAAAUUAUUUCUCUCAUGGAGAAGUUGUAAUAUUUGACCCCACUGGAUGUUUAAUCUUCGAGGUUUUCACGGUUUCAAAGAUUCAACCUGAGAAUGUGCAAUAUUACAAAACGGAAAAGCUAAGACUGUUUUCAUCUAAUGUCAUACGUUUAACAAAGAUAUUAAUCAUUAUAAUUUCCUUGUGAAAAGACAGUAGUAGUUUCACAGCAAUACUGGCCUGCAGUGACUCCUUCCAUGAGGUUCUGAGCUAUUCGGCAUUUAUACUUUACUGCAUUUGUUAUGAACUAUUCUGAAGAUGGCACACAAUUUAACAUGUACUGUAUAAUACUUGGUUUUCCAAAUAAAGGUGAAUUGUGUGUGUCACAUGUCAGAUAGGUUUCAGUUGAGUUCUGAGUGUACUGUCGGGUUUGAUUUGUUUUUUGUCUUUGUUUUUUAAUCAAGCUGCACUGUUUUGUUGCCACUUUGAAGACGUGUGGCCUUUGGUGACUAUUAUACACAACACCUUUAUGAAGAAUUGCGUCAGGAGGUUACAUUGACAUCACAUUUCUCAGUCUGAUUAGCCAAUAUAAAUGUUGAAAUCAUGAGAUCUUCAAAUGCUGCACAGCAUUUUCAGCCCUGGCUGGUCCAGGACGUCUUUCUGAGUGAGCUUUGCAUGUUAUCCGGUUUUUGACAGGCUUUGACAAAGUUUUUUUUUUUUUUUUUUUUUUUUUUUUUUUGUGUAUCUCUGUAAAUUUGUGGUCAUUUUGAUUUCAUCUCAGUGUACCUUGGAAAACUUAUUGAAGGUCUUUUGCAAAAAAGACACAUGACUGAACUGCAAGGAGGGGGAGAGGAAUACUCAUUCCUAAUGCGAGUAUUAUUUUAUCAUUGAAAUGAUAUCUGGCCCACACCUGUUCUGUAUUCAUGUUUAUUGUUGGGGAAAUUUUAAAUAAAGU